AUACGUGCCGAAUCAUGGCAACAAGGGGUAAACAAAAGGCUCGCAGCUCGCGGGCUGAUUUACCUGCCUUGGUUCAAGAUGAGCCGACCCGGCAGCUGCCUUAAUGAAAACGGGCUCAAACAAAAUGUAGACUCAACAUGUCGUAACACUGCUCUUACCGAUACUCUCAACGCAUCAGUGACUUCUGAAGGAAGGCUGCUGUCCACUUUCAAGAAAGACUAUCACAUCAGGAAAGAGAACCUGACAGGGAAAGAGUAUUACAGCGAGGAAGGGAGGACUUUUGAACUGGGUCUUGUUGGAAAAAUAAAGCAACAGUUCAGCACAGAUCCCACAAUUUGUCCAGAGUAUCCACCGUCUCUUGGUCUGACAGGAUUCACUCAGCAAGUCACAGAGGUCACUUUUGGAAAGAGCUGUCGGGCUGUCACAGAAAACCGGGUGUUAGGUGUCCAAACUCCUGGAUUUACUGCUGCUGUGCGUCUUGGGGCUGAACUCUUCCGACACUGGCAAGUCAAGGCUGAUUGGUGCGGGCCAGUCUACCUCUCCUCACCUUGUGAUGACUCAUUGGCCGACAUCUUCUUGGCAGCAGGGGUCCAAGAUAUCCGUCAGUAUUAUUACUGGGAUGAUAAGAAGCGAGGCGUUUGUUUUGAGAAGCUUCUGGAGGAUCUGAAGGAUGCUCCAGAACAGAGUGUUGUCGUUCUUUCGGCUUCUGCCCACUACCCAACUGGAGCCGAUCUCUCUCAGAAUCAAUGGGUUUCAAUUACACAGCUUAUGAAGAGGCGUCGGCUUUUCCCUUUCCUCUUGCUGCCUGUGCAUGGGCUUUGUCAUGGUGAUUUAAAGUGGGAUGCCUGGCCUGUACAGUACUGUGCAUCACAAGGAAUAGAGCUACUUUGUGCUCAGUCGCUCUCCCACUGCUUUGGACUAUAUGGUGAGGCUGUGGGACACCUCAUAUGCGUCUUAAAGCAAAACUCUCUCCUGUUAUCUGUGCAGUCUCAUGCUGACAAGAUAGUCAGAUCCCUUUGGGCACAGCCAUCUGAUACAGGAGCACGUGUUGUUGCAGCAGUACUCAGUAACCCAGCCCAUGUUGUUGAAUGGCAGAGUGAAGUUAAGCACCUUGUGGAGAGAUGUAUGCUGAUCAGAGAAAUCUUGAGACAAAGGCUGAGGCUUUUAGGAACUCCAGGCUGUUGGGACCACCUAACUCAACAAGGUGGACUGUACUGCUGUACUGGCCUGAAUGGUCAGCAGUUGGAGUUUUUGUCAAACAGGAGACACAUGUACCUGCUCCCCAGUGGCUGUCUAAACCUGAGUGCAAUCAACGGCCGCAACUUAGACUACAUAGCUGAGUCAAUCCAUCUGGCUGUGAGCACUUCACUUUGGCCGUGAGGCUUUUGAUCAAGAUCUGAAGACAGCGUCAAAUGGUUCUUCCGGCCUGACUGAACCUUUUAUGUGUCGCUUUGAAAUUCUAUAUAGUAGUUACUUUUGCAGUUCCAGCUAUUACAAGCACAAUCCUGUUAAAAAUGCAGACAAAAAGUAGAGUCGUAAUGAUUGCUGAAUUUCCCUGACAGAGAUCCAAUUCUUAGUAAUUGCAACAGACACCAGGCUGUUUUUGUGGUUUUAUAUAUUGUGAGGUGUAGUCUUCUGAUUCGAGUCUUAGCACAAAAUUAACAACCAUGUUUCCUAUAAUGUCAAACAAUCCUUCCUCUUUUGUAGUGAACUGGUACAUGUGACACAUUUUGUAAAAGGGCAGGGAUCAUUUGACAUUAAAACUGAGUUUACUGAUAUUUUAAAAUGUAGAAUGUGAUUUAUAUUCAUUGUUUCAGUGGAACUCUAUUCUCGGAAAGCGUCAAGUUUAGCAUUUUACAUCAUUUAGCAGCACUAUCUUACAUAAGGGGAAUGUGAGAGCAUAUUAAUGUUCCAAAGGUCACCUUUAAAGGGAUGAGCUUUGGGCAAGCAGAUGUAUAUUGCUUGCUGCUCAAAAACAUGCAUGAUCUAUAAGAAAAUCUAACAGCUUCUGUUAACUCUGGUGCAAUAUGAAUGUCACAUGUAAUGAAAAAAGCAUGCUGUGCACACAAUAAAUCCUAGCUGACUUUAUAUUGCAAACAUUAACUAAUAAAAAGUCUGAACUAAGCAUUGUCAACAA